AUUGUUUCUUAACUUGUGUAAAAAGCUCUACAAAACUACCAAAAUCUUACUCCCAUCUCUGGCUUGUGAAGCAAAGCAAAUUUGAACAUGGAAGUUCAAAUCAUAUCUAGAAAAUUGAUUACUCCAUCAUCUCCGACUCCACCCCACCUUCAAAACUUGAAAAUAUCAUCGGUUGACCAGCAUGCUCCGUAUGUUUAUGUGCCUACCAUCUUCUACUACGCUGCUAAUGGUGAAGAAUAUGAUGUCAAAAAUGCAGAAAAAAGUUUGCAGAUGCAAAACUCACUAUCUGAAAUCUUAGCCCUCUAUUAUCCAUUCGCAGGAAGAUGCGCAAAAGAUGAUCCAUGUAUUGAAUGUAAUGACAAGGGGGCAGAAUUUCUUGAAGCCCAAGUAAAUGGCUCUCUCUCUCAGCUUUUUGGUGACCGUGAGCUUGAGACCAACUUGAACAGUCACUUAGCUCCUCAUUACUUUGAUCCAAGUAAUAGCUCUCCAUUAGCUGUUCAAUUCAACAUGUUUGAAUGUGGUGGAAUUGCUAUAGGUAUAUCUUUGACACACAAGAUUGCUGAUGCAUUCACGGUGUUCACCUUCAUUAAUGCCUGGACUACUGCAAGCCGCUUUGGGGUCGAUCAAGUGCCUUGCCCGAGUUUCGAAUUAGCUUCCAUUUUCCCACCAAGAGCUGCAUCUAGAGUGGAGAAUAUUGUUACAAUCAAAGCUGCAACUAAUAAUAUUGUCACUAAAAUGUUUGUGUUCGAUGGUGUAGCGAUUUCGAAGCUGAAAGAAGCUACAAAUUUCAGUGCUAGCGGUUCACAUCAGUCUCUCAACUACCAAGGGACACGAGUGAAGGUUGUGAUAGCACUUAUAUGGAGGUGUUUAAUGAGGUUGUCUCAAGCCAGACAUGGCUGCAUGAGGCCUUCCCUCAUGAAAGUUCCAGUUAAUUUGCGAGGAAAGAUACCGCAACCAAUACCAGAAAAUUCCUGUGGAAACCUGAUAAGCUGGGCAGUCGCUCAAUUCAAGCCAGGUGAUGAGAGCGAGGUGAAACUUCAUGAAUUGGUAAGUCGAAUUAAUAGCGGAAUUGAAAAUGCUUUCUCAAAUUAUUCAAAAGCUACAAGUGAUGAUGAAUUAUUUUUUCUGGUGAUGGACGGCUUUCGGAAGGUAAGUAAAGCAUUGAUAGAAAAUGAAGUAGAUGUCUAUAUGUUUGGUUGCUGGUGUCGGUUCCCUAUGUAUGAAGCUGAUUUUGGUUGGGGAAAGCCAACUUUGGUGUGUGGUGGUAAUUCGCAGGUUCCAAGGGAGUGUAUUAGGCUUUUCGACACUAAAGAUGGUUAUGGAAUUGAGGCAAUAGUGAGCUUGGAAGAAAAUAAAAUGCUUCUUUUUCAACAAGAUCCUGAUAUUCUAGCAUUCAGUACUUCCUAAAAAUUAAGCUGUAUCAUCAUCAACUACCCCUCUCCUUUUUGUGCUCCAAGCUGGUUAUGUAAUUUAGGCUUUAUUUUCUUGUUAUGUUUAGUGUGUGCAAUCAAAUAAAGAAAUCCAGCCGGUUUCUGACUGUCAGAUCGCCAAAUUAUGCGUGUGGUUUGAGUGAAAUUGCUGCACGUGACCACUUAGUUUGUAAAAAAAAAAAAAGCGUUCUUAUUGAUUUAAUAAAUGAGAAAUUAUAUUGAUACUCCA